GGUAAUUUUGGUGAUGUUUAUCGAGGUGUAUAUAAUGGAUGUGAAGUUGCAGUGAAAACUUGUCGUGUUGAUAUGACUGCAUCAGAUUUACGUAGGAAAUUUCUACAAGGUGAAACAACUGCAUUAAAUUUUAAUCAUCCAAAUAUUGUCAAAUUAGUUGGUAUUGCUGUGCAAUCUUAUCCAAUUAUGAUUGUAAUGGAGUAUGUUCCAGGUGGUUCUCUGUUAAAUCAUUUACGUAAAUCAAAAAAUGCAUUACCUGUUAUGAAACUACUUCAAAUGAGUUUAGAUGCUGCUAAUGGAAUGAUGUAUUUAGAAGCGAGAAAUUGUAUUCAUCGUGAUUUAGCAGCAAGAAAUUGUUUAAUUUCUGAUGAUGGUCAAUUAAAAAUAGCUGAUUUUGGCAUGUCAAGAGAAGAACAUAUAUAUGAAUUAAGUGAUAAACGAGGUCAAAUCCCAAUCAAAUGGACAGCUCCUGAAGCACUUCGUACUGGUCGUUAUACUAUUAAAUGUGAUGUAUGGUCUUAUGGUGUACUUUUAUGGGAAAUAUUUACUUUCGGUGAUGUACCUUAUCGAAAUUGGUCUAAUCAACAAACUAGGGAUAUGAUUGAAUCAGGUUAUAGAUUACCUGCACCAGAUUUAAUGCCAGUUUGGUUACGUACAUUAAUGAAUCAUUGUUGGCAUGAUGAACCAAUGAAUCGGCCAAGUUUUUCAAAAAUUUCUAAUGAAAUACAAAUACCUAAUGUCAAUUCAUUUACACCAAAUUUAAAUAGAUCUAUAGACAAUGCUCAAUUGAAGAAAUCUGCUAUUGACAAUCUAUCAACAACUCCAUUACAUUUAUCCGUUUCUGUUAAAGAUAGACGAACUAG